GUGAGUUUCAUCAUGGCGACAUGCUGAUGUAUGGACGUAUUCACUCAACUACGGCUCGUUGGAAGUGGAAUUGGUUCUGCUUUCACUAUUUAAUCCCUCGCCAGCCCCUUUGAAAAUUUUCCGGUCCUCCUUUGAAUCAGAGGCGAGAUGCCAACAAAAUGUCUCGGGAAGGAGCAGCAGCAGCAGGUCUAGUCACCGGCGGCAUCUGGUUCGAGCAGUGCGUCAAGUUCCUCCUCCUGAUGAGCGUCAGUGCGUUUGUUAGCGGCAGUUAGUGUGUGCACAGCAUGGACAUGUAUAUCAAGAAGGACUCGAGCGAGGCAAUGUUCCAGCCGCUGGCAAGCAGGGCGGCCGUUUGCUUUGUGUGCGGCAACAACGGCACCGCCGAGUACCCUCUUCGGUCCAAGCCGCACGAAUCGGAGCCCUACUUUCCCUUCCUCGAGAGCCACGAGCCCCCUGCUGGCAGCGAGGGCCCGUCCGGCUCUGAGGGCACCGUCCGGGCCUGCUUCCUCUGCUACUCGUUCCUCAUGCAGCAGUGGGACUGCCACGAGCGGGAAAAGACGCCGCACACCAAACGCCUCUACUGGCUGAAACGCGUCGACAACGGACCCUUCACCGGCGCCGAAAUGAUCAUGCAGGGCGAAUACGCCGCACAGGUCCUGGGCCUCCAGCAGAACGAUCAGCCCAGGGGCUCCAGAGACCCGCCCUCGGUGCCCACUGCCCCUCCGAGCGUUCCGCCGACCAACAACCACCAACCCAAAAACGACGACGCCGCCCUCGAUUUGAGGAACUCGCGAGAUUCCUCGAGUCGAAACUCAGACCUCGGGCUGGUGGCCUACAACACUCAGCCGCCCCAGCCAGUGACCCCAGCCCAAGAGGGCCCCGGAAUCCUCGACCUCAGCAUGCCGGACAAAAACGCCACCACCGAAGUCUGCUACGUGUGCGGGGACGAGUACAAAAAGGGCUCUCUGAACAACAUCUACGCAAAACCCAUCGCCGGCUGCCCUUUCUACCCCAGUUUAAUGCUGCACCCUCGACCAAGCAAGUCGAGGCCCAUGGACCCUGGGGGGCGCGUCCAGGCGUGCGAGGCUUGCCACAGACACCUUGUGCAGCAGUGGCACACCUACCAGAGCAAGUCGGUUCCUCACACCGAGCGCAAUUACAUGCUCAGGAAGAGACACACGCCCGCCCUGGACACCACCACCUUCAUCUGCUACACGUGCGCCCUCGAGUAUCCGUCGUCUUCCCUCCGACUGCUCUACUGCUGUCCGAACCCCGAAAACGAAUCCUACUUUCCGUUCAUAUGCAACAUCAAACCUCCGCCUGGAGCAAGUCCGAUAUCCCCUCAGGGCAUGGUCCAGGUUUGUUCAAUUUGUUACAAAUCUGUUCCUCAGAAGCACGAAGUCUUUGGCGGCGAACGUCCCGCCGAGAAGCCCAGCGAGACGGCCUCGUCCACGUCCUCGGACAUCCGUUUCCGGCCGUACGACCUUAAGAAGGACCCGCAGAGACGCAAACCAACUCCGCAGCCCGAGUCGUUUCAACGCCAAGACAGUUCCGGGCAGGACGGACAAAACUAUCACUGCUACAUCUGCCAACAGCCCUUUCCUAAAGACCACAUGAAGUGGCUCUCCACCUGCUCGGAGGGCAUGAACAGCCACGCGAUGCACUUUCCCUGUCUGCGGGGGGUGGCCAGGGCGUCGGAAAACUCGUGCAUGGACUCGCACGGCCGCGUGCUGGCGUGUUCGCUGUGCGUCAACCACCUCACCCUGCAGUGGGAGAGCUACGAAAACGACCGAGUUCCUCUAGAGCAGCGUUUCUACGACAUCCCGACGGCCAUGGUGACGCGGCCGCCGUCCACGAGGGCCAGCUCGGGACGUCCAGGCUCCGCACGGAGCAGUCCGGCUCCGAGUCCUGCGCCCAGCGUCCCGCAGCAGGACUCAAAUUCCAGGAGCGGGUACGCGUCCAGAGGGGUGUCGCCGUGUCCGCCGCACGCCAAGACGCCGCCGCUGGCGUAUGUGGCGCGAACGAGGUCGCCGGGGCGGCAAAUGCCGCCCCCGGGGUCGCCGGCGCCCACCCUCGAACCCGCCGGCCCCAACUACCGCACCGCCAGCAGUUCCAUUUACUGCUUUUUGUGCGGCCUCCACUCGGACUUUACCUUUGCCAGGGUGUUGUACAGCCACCCCCAGGGUCGAAACGCGCCCUUCUUUCCGUCCCUGCUGCAGCACAACUCGCCAGCCAACGCAGAGCAGCUCAAGGAGGACGGCUCGGCCCUCGUCUGCACCUUUUGCUACCACACCAUGAUCGCGCAGUGGCGGGCUUACGAGGGCGCCGAGCGGCCCACCGACCCGCACCACCGGACGUACAAUACUCACGACUACCGAUGCUACGUUUGCGGCAUCAUGACCUACAGAAAGAGGGUUCGCGCCUUACCAGUCAAGGACUUUCCUUUCCUACGUUACCAUAGACAGCCGGAUAGCCUACUGCUGGAAAACGGCGACUUUGCUGUUGUGUGCCUAGACUGUUACGAAACCCUCAGGACGCAGUCACACGAGUAUGAGAGAUGGGGUCUGCCCGUUGAGAAGCGCGAGUACAAUUGGAUUUCGCAGCCGCCGCCCCCAGAGGACAGUCCUGAGGCGGCCGUGGCGCGAUUGCCGUCAGGAGAGAGAUCUGAAAAAUUGGUUCCUGCCUCUGGUGGGCUGUCGAGAACGUCGGAGAGAGGAAGCAGGAAAAACUGCAACAACAAGCAAGAACAGCGCAAAACUGGAUCUCGACCUGAUCGAGGGGAAGCGCCAUCGCCAGGAGCAGCACACCAAGGUCUUCCAAGCAACUCUGGAGGCAGCAAAGGACCUAACCCCACGCCACCCCCAGGUCUUCCACCAGGUGGCAAGCACCGAAGCGGCAGCGGCUCGGCGCCACCGCCCCUCACCGGAGCACUCGCCUUGAGCGCCCACCAGGCGCAGACUUCGCAAGUGUCCCAGCCGCCCAGCGGUGGCACCGGAGGUCGCUCCUUUGCAGCAGCUUUAAGGAAUCUAGCCAAGCAGGCCAUCCCUGCCAACGAAAGGGAAUCAGAAAACUCUGAAUCGUCCCGACAAGUGUCUCCGAAGCGCUCUGGUCCUCCACCUUUGGUCAGGGGAAGCAGCCAACCAUCUCCUGGACCUGUCAAUAGCAAUAGCAGGCAGCCCAGUCCACAUCUCAAUCAUGACCAGCGCAAGCAUCUCUCUGAAUUGGGUCCGCCACACCGAGCUCCAGCAGUGACUUCUACCUCAGCCCCCACUUCAAUCACUCCUUCCUUGUCACGCCCCGAUGAAGUGCCUCCCCCUCCCUUGUUCCGAGCUCAGGACCCAAAUGUGUCGGCAGCGUCUGCCCUUCCAAACAGGGCAGAAGACCUGCUCACCAGUGGCUUCCAGCCGUACCGGCCGGAGGACAUGGCCCGCAUGGCGCCUCCCUUUGGCAUCGACCCAGCAAUGGCCGCUGCCUAUGCCGCUCCGUACCACCACCCAGGCCUGUAUCCUCCGCCACCACACUUGCCUUACCGCCUGGAAGACCAGCUGUAUUUGGAACGGUGUGGCAUGCUGAGGCCCCCUAUGUUCCUGCCAACCCCAGGUUUGCCUACUUACCCCUUGUACGGACUGAGGUAUUCUCCGGAAAUACAACUCUCAAUGAUGAAUCCUGCCUCGGCGACAGCAGCCAUGCACGAAAGAUUCAAGUUGGAGGAAGAGCAGCGGCGGUUGCGGGAGGAGGAAAAGGAGCAGGCGGAGAAGGAGCGCGCGCAGAACCGCGAGCGCGAAAAACGUGCCGAGAGACACGAGCAGAAGCAGCGCGAGUCGUCGGCCGCGAGUGCGCGCGACUGACAUUGGG